UUAGAAUUUCAAUACUUUAUUGUUUUUAAAUUAAAAUGUGAUUUUAUUUACAAUAAAAUGUAAUAUAAAACUUGUAAGUUAUAUAUAUCAAAAUGGAUUCUAAGUAUAGUUCAGUUGGCAGGGAAAAAGAGCAAAAAAGCUCGGACUUUAAAGUGAAAAGAUUAAAACUUACGUUUGACAAUAACUCGAAAAUUAAUAAAGAAUUGGAGGAAAAUACUUGUUCUAAUGGCAUAAUUGAAGAUAGCAGUAAAUUAAAUUAUAAUUUUCAAAACGAUGCCUUAGAAAAUUUGCAAGAAGCAAGAAAAACACUACCUGUCUAUCAGGUUAGAACAAGACUCUUAGAAGAGAUAAGGAAACACAGUACAAUGAUAUUGAUUGGUGAAACUGGCAGUGGUAAAACCACACAAAUACCACAGAUAAUACAUGAAUAUAGAUUAGAGGGUAAAGGCUGUAUAGCUGUGACACAACCUCGUAGAGUGGCAGCGAUUACCCUAGCUUUACGUGUUGCAGCAGAGACAAAUAGUGAGAUAGGAUCAAUUGUAGGAUACACAGUUAGAUUUGAAGAUAUGACCAGUCCUCGGACAAAGGUUAAAUACCUGACAGAUGGCAUGCUACUCAGGGAGGCAAUGACAGACCCUUUGCUGAAGAAGUAUUCAGUGAUAAUAUUAGACGAAGCUCAUGAACGCACAGUAAAUACAGAUGUCCUUUUUGGUAUUGUUAAACUUGCACAAAAAGAAAGAGACGAACAGAAAAAUAAUUCAUUAAAGGUCAUUGUAAUGUCAGCAACAAUGGAUGUGGAUGCUUUUAGAAAGUAUUACAACAAUUGUCCUGUCAUAUAUUUAGAAGGGCGGACCUAUCCAGUCACUAUUUAUCACUCAAAGAUAAAACAUGAGGAUUAUCAAUAUGCUGCUGUAUGUACUAUAUUCCAAUUACAUGCAACCACACCAGCAAACCACGAUUUUCUUGUUUUCCUCACUGGCCAGGAAGAAAUAGAGACAGUCAUGAGCAAUAUAAAACAAAUAGCAAAAGAAGCUAAAGGUCCACCAAUCAAAGUGUGUCCCUUAUAUGCAGGGCUGCCAGCAUCAAAACAACUCCAAGUUUGGAAAAAAACUCCAUCAGGAAUGAGAAAGAUUGUGUUAGCCACCAAUAUUGCGGAAGCAUCUGUAACAAUUCCACAGAUAAAGUGUGUUAUAGAUACAGGUGUCGUCAAAGAACGGACCUGGUGCACAUCGACGGGCGCGGAGCGGUUGCUUGUCCGCCCGUGUUCCCAGGCAGCGGGCUGGCAACGCGCGGGGCGAGCUGGACGUACGACCGCCGGCGCCGCUUACCGUCUCUUCACUGCUGCUGAAUUUGCUGCAAGACAACAUCACAACACUCCAGAGAUCGUCAGAUGUCCACUGGCUUCAACGAUGUUAAUGCUGAUAGCAGCGGGAAUGGACCCCAGUAACUUUCCUUUAUUGGACUCACCGCCGAGAGAUUCAAUAACAGCUGCACUAGUUCUGUUAAAAGAAAUAGGUGCCAUAGAUAAUGAAAAUAAUCCAGAACUGACUGUGCUAGGAAAGAAAAUGACAGCUUUUCCUAUCGAUCCGAAAUAUUCCAAGGUGCUCUUGUGUGCACCCGAGUUCAACUGUUUAGAAGAGGCGUUGAGUUUGGUCGCAGUAAUGUCCAGUGAAAAUGUGUUUCACACGCCAUUACACAAGAGGGAAGAAGCUCUGAAAGUGAAACAAAAAUUUAUAUCGCCUCUCGGUGAUCAUAUCACGCUUUUGAACGUGUUUAAAGCUUUUUGCAAAGCUCCGUUAAAAAAGCAAUGGUGCCGAGAGAACUAUUUGAAUCACAAGAACUUGACGUAUGCUUAUGAGAUACGUCUGCAGUUGCUUGGCGUUUGUCAACGGUUGAACAUGUCUAUCAGCAGCUGUGGAACUGCUUUGGAUCAGUUAUUAAAGUGCCUACUUAGUGGACUUUUUACCAACUGCGCGUGGGCACGGACCGGGGCCGGCGGCGGGGGACGUUACGUCACCAGCGCCGGAGUGGCGGCCAUGUUGCAUCCGUCGGGUGUAUUGCAUUCCAUCCGACCCGCGCCCCCUGCGGUUUUAUAUUCAGAGCUGCUCCACACCAAACGGUCCUACCUCGUCACAGUGUCGGCGAUACAACCGCAGUGGCUCCACCAAGUGGCACCGGAGUAUGCCCGCCGGUGUCGGGCCAGUCGGUGACAUUCGCACGCUGGCUUGAGACGCAGCAGAUUCAAUCUGCAGAAAUAUAAAAUCACUUCGUGUAUUUUGUAUUUGAAAAUUAAAUUCACUCCGUACUGAACUCUAUGUGUAAAACUAUAUUGAUAUAUUUUUGUUAAUUUAAUAAAUGUUGUUACUCUAUGAAAGUAGGUAUACACGCAGAUUCUUUGUAAACGAUCUUUUCUUAUAACAAUUUUCUAUUACAUGGUUCUAAAAAAAAUAUAGAAAAGUAGCCUACGUCACUCUUCUGUCAAGUCUUUAACUAUUUCUAUGAAAAAAAAUCUCCUCCACCUUUUUGCUCCGUUGCUGCGAAAAAGUAGGACGCAAUAACAAACGCUUUCGCAUCUCUAAUAUAAUAUUAGUAUCAUUUGUGAUUAUGGAUUUUGACAUAUUGAAAACCUAACUUUUAUAAUAAACUUUAUAAAGUACAUCUCUAGGAAAUGCCAAAUUAUGUCAAUCCUUAUUAUACAGAGUAACUUUAAAUAAUCUUACCUCGUCAGUUUUUGUUUUGUAUGUAUAGUUAUGUACGCUAAACGUCGAAUUUUAUAUAUGUUGAUAUAUUGUACAGUAGAUUAAUCGUCUAAGCCCGUUGUACUUAAGAAUUCUCUGAGCCAAUUUGAGGAAAAAGUGUCCUUAGUAAAAGAAAUGCACGCUAGCAAUCGUAAGUCGUUUUAAGGACAAUAGGUUAGUUAUAGCGUUAUCCGUAUAAUAUAAUAGUCAAGCGUAAAAACAUUGUACAAAAAUCCGACUAACAAAUAAAUCAGCGCCAUCUCAUAGAAUAGAUGGGAUCGCAAGUUGUAUUCCGUUAUAUCCUACUGUCAAUGUGGCAGUACGUAGCGCGUUCACAUGAUGCUUGGUCUUUGGACAUUUUGGCACCAGCUGCCAUUUUGUAUUAUCAAUGUCUAGCGUGGUUACGGGUAAAGAGAACCGUAUCAUAUUAGAAACAAGUCUAAGAAGAGCAGCUGUAGGAAGCAAAUUACAACUCAAAAACCCACCAAAAUGGCGCUAUUGUAACAAGAGGGAAAGACACGAUUUCAGCUGUUGUAAACAGAAGUGAAGUGAACUGAGCUGAAUUGAAAAACUUAACAUAUUUGGUUAUGGUUUCCUCAAGUACACCCUGGACUCGAUAAAACUACAAUAUAUAAAACGUAACGUUAAAGUAGGGUAAACAUACCUAAUUUUAUAAAGUUUUAAAGUUUUU